AUGGCCUCGACAAGUUUGACAGCAAUUGGCGAAGAGCCUUCCAUCUAUGAUUUGAUCUCCACUAGCGACCAAAUGGUACGAAUCUACAUCGGAUCAACCAAGAAACACAAUUCUUCCUGGCUCCUCCAUGAGUCGGUCCUCUGCUACCACUGUCCCUACUUCAAGUCGGUCUUCCGCGGCAAUUUCCUCGAAUCUACAACCAAGGAAAGCCACCUCCCCGACGACGACCCCCUUACCUUCAGCUACGUAGUCAACUACCUCUACGGCUCUCUCCUCAAGUGCGACUGCCACCUCAAAUCCACAAGCCACUACCCUCACAGAGUUACGUGGAUCAAGGUCUUUAUCCUCGCCAACAAACUCCUCAUGUAUAAUCUCGAGAAUGCUGCGUUGAGGAGAUACCAAGAUUGCCAUGCUUUAGGAAAGCCCCUUCCAUCCAUCUCCGAAAUUGAGGAAAUCUACAAUGAACACACGCCGCCUGGUUGCUAUUUGAGAGACUACGUUGAACUUAGGUUUUCGCGGGUGUUUUUUGAAGACUGGGAUAAUCACAAGGUGGCUUGGAUGCAGGUGGUCACGUCGAAUGAGGAGCUGUUGGAGGCUGUGAUGCAGAGAAUUAGGAGUCAUCAGCAACUGGGAAAUUAUACGAGCUGUAGAUACAAAAAAUGCAACGUGCAUUGGGUUAUGGCAGUGUAG